GCACAAUACGUUGUAAACAAUGAGACUGUUCCAGACCGUCUCAAGCUUUGUGUCUGUCCAACACUUUAUCUGUGCAAAACUAACAACGGUUGCGAAUAGCUCCGCGUAUAUUAAAUAAAAAUGUUCCUUGUGUGUUGCAGGGACCUGAAGCAUGGAAGAGGUUCUGAGCAGACUGGGAGGGCUAAGUGCUGAUGAACUGCGUGAGGAGUUUGCCCGAGCAGACCUUAAAUGUGGUCCCAUCACUGCUACUACCCGAGCCACCUUCGAGAGGAAGUUAGCCCGAUUCCUCGUUGGACCUGAGAGCAAUGCCACUGAAACGGAUACUGGGUCUUCAACGGGCCUCCCUGGCAGUGUUGCCUCUGUUGCUACCACGCAUAUGCCAUGUGCCACCUCAGCACUUGCACCCACCACUCCUGCAAAAAGCAGCAGCUUACCUGAUGUUUCCUGUGAAGAAUCGGACUUUGGCUAUGGUGUGGGUCUCAACCCCCCAGAGGAAGAGGAAAUCUCUCUGAAGACCACAAAUAGCUGUUCUGAAGGCACAAACUCUCCGUCCAAAACAGAAACUCCUUCAAAACUUGCGCAAGUGUCUCCAACCUUUUAUUAUGGAGUAUGUCCACUGUGGGAGGAUGUUUUGUCUAGAAAUGAGAGAGCACAUGUAUACACCGAUAAGAAAGAGGCCCUUCAAGCUGUAAAGAUGAUGAAAGGAGCCCGUUUCAAAGCCUUUCCCAGUCGUGAGGAUGCUGAGAAGUUUGCCAAAGGGAUCUGUGACUAUUUCCCAUCUCCCAGCAAAACUGCACCCUGUGUAUCUCCUGCUAAACCAGGCCUGGUCAUUAGUAAAGACAACAUGGAAAUUGACACAAUCAACCGGGAGCGGGCCAACAGUUUUAAGAGCCCACGCACACAAGAUCUGACUGCCAAACUAAGAAAAGCUGUGGAGAAGGGUGAUGAGGUGGCCUUUAGUGAACUGAUUUGGAGCAAUCCGCGCUAUCUCAUUGGCUCAGGAGAUAAUCCCACCAUAGUGCAGGAGGGGUGUCGGUACAAUGUCAUGCAUGUGGCAGCCAAGGAGAACCAGGCAGGCGUUGCCCAGCUACUGUUGGACACCUUGGAAAACCCAAAGUUUAUGCGCCUCAUGUACCCAGAUGAUCAGGAAAUCAUGCUGCAGAAACGUAUCCGCUACAUUGUAGAUCUUUACCUCAAUACACCAGAUAAAGCUGGGUAUGAAACACCACUCCACUUUGCCUGUAAAUUUGGAUGCCCUGAAGUGGUCAAUGUACUCUGCUCCCACCCUGAUAUCAAUAAGAACUGCAAGAACAAGGAUGGCCAGCAGCCUAGUGAUGUCAUUUGUAGCAGAAAAAAUAAAACGCAAGAAGUGAAACAAAAGAUAAGUGACUAUUUGGAGGACCGCUUCUACAUCCCCUUGCUGAGGGCAGCCGACAACACCUCUCAGCCCAUCAUUGGUGCUCCGUGGUCACCAGAGUCCUCAGAAAGUUUCUCACUUAUCCAGCGUCACACAAAAAGCCCAAUGGAUCCGUUGAUGACUGUCACAGCCUUUGCUGGUCCCCUGAGCCCCUCUAAAGCAAAUGACUUUAGGCGGUGCUGGAAGACGCCGCCCAGAGACCGAGCUGACCUUUUUCACCAUAUCCUCAAGUCUGACCCCGAUCGUGGAGCAGAAAGAGUGGGCAGAGACCUGGCUCGUGAGAAGGGCCACCCGUGGGCGGAGUAUUGGGAUUUUCUGGACAGUUUUGUGGAUUUGUCAUCAACUGAGGGACUCCGCAAGCUGGAAGAGUACCUGAGCAAGAAAGAUUUCAGCUCAUGGGCACAUGAGGAAACUGGGGAGAACGAGACCAGCAAUAGGUUCAAAACCCCUUCUCCAGGUAAGCCCAAGAAAUUCUGCAACUCCAUCUCUGUUGGUGCCUUCCUGGACGAGGGAGAUGACAUCAGCCUUGAGGAGAUGAAGAACAGGCAGAAUGCAGCCCUCACCAGCAUUACUUCCUCUGUUGCGUCCAAAGAUGUGCUAAAGGGAGCGGUGGGUGGUCACAUCCUGCCCAUCUCACUUCACCACCGUGGAGCAGAUCUAAUCGAGACGGCAGCGGAACAGGACCUGCUGUGCUGCUGUGACAACGGUCUCCUCUCACCUGGUGUUGUCUGCAAGAAUGGUGUGUGCUCCUCCUCUGGAGAAAGGACUCACAAUGGAGACAAGGCAUCACCUCGAACAUCCCCAUCCUCGUCUUGUAUGCUGUCGCCCAUCUCUAACCUCAUGGUGGAGUUUGAACGCAUGUCGCUGAAGGAGCCUCUCGACAGUCCCACUGGCUGCAGAGAGAGGAGGAGCAGUGGUGGGAGCCGGCACAAGGACCUGCGGGACUCCUACAGCUCCUCGUCAGCCACAGACUUGAGCUGUGGGCUGAAUCGUCUCUCUCUCUGUCACGGCAGUCGGGACAGUGAGGCUGCGGAAGGUCCGAGCUGGAGAACAGAGGGAGGCCAGAUGGAGGAGACACGAAGCAGCAGCAGUAGCUCAGAGGAAUACUUUGAUACGGAGGAGAGUCUGGAGGCACUGGGUAGGACUAGGGGUUCUGUAUCAGGGCUGCGCAACUUUUGUGCCAGGUCCAAGUCAUGGGACCAUGGGGGGAGAGACCUGAGCAGCUCAGGAUCAUCUGGGUCCUCGUAUAAGUCUUUAGAUACCACCCAGGACUUUCUACCCAGGACCCCACCACACAUUAAAAGAGGGCUGUUCAUCGAGGGGGAUUCACCAACCAGGUUGGACAGAGAGGUCUUGUCGGCAAUAGAAGGCAUAAAAGUCGAUCCUCAGAAGUUUCCCAGCAUUCAUAAGUGGAAGAGCACAAUGGCAUCAUUUUCAGCGGCAGACAUGCAGAGCUGGACCAGCCCUGCUGUUAUAAAACCGCGACUCAGGAUGCAGCAUCAGACUCCCGGCUCCCCGGUCAGCAGCCUGAUGUCUCCCAGCGGUCGCUUCAGUCCCGCUCGGCAUGCAGCCUCGCCAGACUUCAGCCCCAGCCGUUACAGCCCUGCCAAUGCUAGCUACAUUCAGCGCAUCCGCCUCAAGCACUUGAACGAGCCGCCAGUCUAGCUGCCCCAUUCCACCACUGCGGCCAAACUUCUGCAGACCCUAACCCCGACCUGCCCUCACGACUACAACCCCAGCUGCAUCGAUGUGGCCACACCAGAAACCACAUACGAAAAUAUGCACAACUGUUUGGGAGAUGAGGAUUAAUAUUGUAUGGUACUACUUACUCUAACAGGAAUUCUCAUCACGUUGGGUUGUGAUGCAGGACUUUCAAAAGGAAACAAGAACCUUUGAUCAUUUCUGUACUGUAUGUUAUUCGUGGCAAGUGUGAAGCACCUGUAUCAACUUUUUGAAUAUUGUGAAUUCAAGCCGCCCCAAAGUCCGCUGGUCACUAAACCUUAGUGUGAAAUUCUUUACAGGAUUUUGUCACUGAAGAUGUUCUUAAAAAAAGUCAAUAUUUUAAAAAUUAUUUUUUGUAUGUUGGUCAGUAGCACAAAUUUAAAUGUUUUUAUUAAUGGUGUUAAUAAAAAUGUUUCUCCUCA